CCAGACAAAGGCUGCGCUCAGCUCCCGCGGCUGGGCUGGAGCUGAAGGCUCAUCCUCAAGGGGACCCCAGACCUGUCCCCAGUGCUGCCUGAGCUUGGGCUGCUGCUGGGACGCUCCAGCCGUGACCUCGUGCACACGCAUGUACCCACACGCACACAGAUUCCAGCUGCUCUCCACCUCAGAGAGAAUAUCCAACAGACGGAUCAAGACACAUCUUUCGGCAUCGAAAGGAUUAACUCCCUGGGGAGCAGUGGCAGAGGCUGAACCUACUCUCCCACGCACCACCAGCUUCACAGCACACUUUGGAGUUGUGGAGCCGACCUCUCUGCAGCUAAUGCCCCUCAGCGCCGGCAGCCACAGCGUCUGGGAAGAGCGAGCCUGGCUCUAGGGUGAAGGGACAGGAGGGGAAGAGGACGGGGAGGAGUGUACACACAUAGACACACGCAUGCACACACCCCACGCAGACGGCAGGCAGCGGCACUGGAUCAGUUGCUGCUUGCGGGGAGGUCCAUAGGGAGCCGAGCGCUGAAUGAAACAAGCUGGAGCAUCAGGCGAGCAGAUCUGCUCCCUCCCAAAACUCCUUAAGGAAUCGAUCGGGAGAUGCCGGCAAAAGAAGUUGCUGAAAGGCAGGCUGAUGUGGCUGGGAGCUGUGUGCUGCCGGCUCUAUCACGCACUGGGAGCAGCUGAACUUUGUGCGUUCUGAAUACCCAUUUCUCCUCUGCAGACGCUUUGGGCAACAUUACAGGGAGAGUCACGGCACGACACCACACACCUUGCACCUGCUGUUACCCAGCCCGAGCCUGGGGGACAGCAAAGGGGGGAAUUCUGUCUCUCCAAGGACCGUCGCCUGUGAAAAGAAGCUGGAGAAAGGCAAUUUUCUUUCUUUUCCAGAUGACUGAAAAUACCUACAGGAUCCUGUGUCUCCAGUUUUCCUCAGUGAGUGGCAUCAGGGAGAGAAAGCUGAGCAACAAAAAUGAUAUUGCUCAAAAUCAUUCCAGCACCUACUUUUUCCCAAGGAACUUCAUGUCAAUAGGGGUUUGCUGCGGGCAUUUCCAGGAGUGAGGACCAGCAUACCGACUCUACCAGAUCUUGUAAGAAUUUGUAAAUGAGAAACCUACCCCAGCAAGACCUUCUCUGCCCAGUUUGCAGUACAUGGUUUGGUGUAAGCACGGCAAUUUUUGCCUCUUUCUCUCCCUUUUAAAUCUCUUGGGCUUGGAGAUCUCUUUCCUCAUUGCAAUUAUGAUUAUUUGCAACAUUAGUGCCAUCAAAGAUUGGAGCACUUUCCUCUCCCAGAUCCUCCCCAGCGUUAACAAGACUUUGAACUUGGUACAGCAAGUGGAAGCCACCACCAGCUCAGUGGUAAGUGUCCUCCAGGACCCUGAGCAGGACAACUACCUGUCCAACAGCCAGCCCAUGAACUCCAGCAACUUCACAGCUGGCCUGGACCACUUGUUCCAGUACUCAUACUCAGACAAUGACCAGCUUUACAAGGAGUACAAACCCCCUCCUCGAGACGCCAUUCCUCUGCCCAAGGCUGUCCUUUAUCUUCUCAUGGCAGCCCUGGUGGUGGUGGCAGUAGCAUACGCCAUUGUCGGGCAUCUCAUCAAGGACCUCAUUCAUGACUUUAUAGAUUGGAUCUUUGGCCCCAGCCCGGAUGACAAUAGCAACAAAAGUGACAUCAACUGCAUCAGCAACAAUGUCAAUGAGAUGAACGAGAUGCCUGAGGUACCACGGCGUCGGGACCAUCAGCCCCAGGACGUGGUCAUUACAAUCAGCGAGACUUGCCACCUGCCACAGCAGACGUGACCAGCGCAGUGGCCAGGCAGGAUGGAGCAGUGGGAUGGAGCGGAGGGAUGGAGCAGAGGGAUGGAGCAGCGGGACAGCGGCCACCUGGCAGGACUGGGAGGCAAGAAGAAGGGAUGGGCAGAGCCGGCACUCGGCACUGUGGAGCAAAGCUCUCCUCGCCUCAGUUUUGCCAACAUCUAAGGACCGUGCCGGGAUGGGCAGCAUCACCUUUUCUUCUGGGCUAGUCAGCGCUGUCCUGACUUCUGCCCAUGGGUUCAUAAUCUCCCUUUCUUUCCUGUGAAUAGCAAAAAAAAAAAAAAAAAAAAAAAAAAGCAAAUGCAAAAUACACCCACCAAACAAAGCUAACGAGAGAAACCAGCCAUAGAGGAGCCAGACAGUCCUUUGCCACGCGGCUGUCCCACAGCAUGGGGAUGGGGUGGUGAAAAGGGUGAAGGAGACAAGGAGGCUGCAUGGGAAAUAGUGGAGUCUGCAUUUCUGGGGACAAACCUAGGAUGCAACAGAUCUGGGGCUGCAGAAUGAGCCAGGGGCUGUGAACAGGCACUGAAAGGUCAGCAGGGGCCAACCCCAACCUGGAAUGUUGAUGACCUGUCCCACGCUGGCACUGUUGAGGGGAAACAUGCAGUGAUAGCACGGGAGAUGCUGGGAGUGAUCUUGGGUCUGUCAGCACCUGGGAGUGGGGCUGCAGCACCAGAGCUCGCUGUGGGCUGAGGAAACUGGUAAGGUCCACAGUCCUUGGGGACAGGAGAUUGUACAGUAUGAGGGAGGUGGCUUUCUCGCUCCCCUGUCCUUUCAACAUCUAGAUGUCGGGCAUUGGAGUCACCCAGGUGCCCCCAACCACUGCUGUGGAGGAAUGGUGAGACAUUCAGCACAGAUACUGCUCUCAAAGGGACCAGUCCCUGCCACAGGGACAUGCCACUUGCCAGGCACCACUGGUCCCCCCUGUAGCUUUGGGAAACGGCCUCAGUGGCUCUUCUGCAUUGGGCACCUAUCAACCACCAGCUGCUGGAAAUCAAAUGGACACUUCCCUGAGGUUGGAGGCAGCCACCUCCACUCCAGAUGGUUUCUUGCCACCUUCUCAAGACAUCUCACGUCCCACAUGCCAUGGUUUGACCCCUGGGAGAAGCUCCUGCACCAAGCAGCAGCUCAUACCCAGAGUCAGUGUUUCUGUCACCCACGCCAGAUCACUGCCUUCUGAGCAGGAGAAGGAUGGAGCCAAGCUCCCUCCUGUGGCCGCCUGCACCAGGGCCCACCAGGCUGCUCAAAGCUGGGAAGGGCAGGUGAGGAGGUGCCCUCAGCCCUCUCCCCUCGGUGGCCUCCCAGACCCAGGAACCUUGCUUUGAAAACCCUCUUUUGCAGUGCUUCAAAGAGGGAUCCUGGUGCUGUGUCCAUCCCCUGGACUGAGGCCCCAGGUGAAGGCACAGUGCUGUGCAUGGCAGGGGGAACAACCAACCUUCUCUGUGAGAAGCAGGGUGGCUUGGUGGGAGCCCAGUCAACACCAAGAACCAGGCUGGCACUGGAGCUGUGCCAGACCCCAUGGCUGUAGCUGUUUUCUCUACUGACCCUGCUGGAACUUGCCACACACCAGGACAAAACUGCAGAGGACAACGAUUUCCCCUGCCACCUUCCUUUGCCUCACUCUAUUCCUGCAUCAUUGCUGUCAUCUGGCAUCUUCCUCACCCCUAAUUCAUCUCUAGGUAUGUCACCAGACACUGAGCUGAGCCCUGAGGGUGUUCCGUGGGGCUGUCAGACAGCCCAGAGAAGCCAUGGAGCCGUUUCACCUCCAGACACUGGAGGCAGAACGUGGCUUUUGGCUGACAGGGAGAAACCAGUGACUGCAUUUUGGAGGACAUCACCAGUAACCUCAGAAGAACCAUGAAGCAUGCUGGCAGGACAGGACCAGGCGGACGAGGAAGGCUGUGUGGAUGGGGAAGGGAGGGCUAUUCGGGCCCCAAUACAAACGGUGCAGAAACCUCAUCUGUUAUUCUCACGUGCCAGGACACCAGCUCUUGGCUCGGCUGUGCCCCCCACUCCAGCCCUCUCCUUGUCCCCCACGUCCUCCAAACAGGAGAUGAGCGUUUGGACAUCCAACAUCAGGGACCCAGAGAGCAGGUCGGUGGGAAGAGGUGAUGAGGGUUGUUUUUCUGGGUGAGCUUUGCAGGGGGAAGGGACAGAUGAGUGUGCCAGACUGUUCCAACUGCUCCAGUCUUUUCCAGUGUAAGAAGUUGCUCUUUAAGUCCCUCUUUCCUCCUCUUAAGCGCCUUAGGGAGCAGGGGCGAGAGAUGCCAGUGCUUUUUAUAGCAACCGUAAUCCGUGCUGCUCACACUGCCUGCACCAUUCUGCCCUGAGGCACGGGGCUGAGCCUCCAAAACGGGGGCUGCUGCCCCAAAACUGCCUCAAACCCCUUUGGUUCCCAGCAUCACUUCUCUCCCCGGGCACAGAUGGGGCUGGUUCUGGGUUUAAAACUCCCUUGCAGAAGCCGGAGAACCACGAGUGUUGCACCCUGUUCCCAGUGGCAGCACUCUGUGGGAGACAGACGGACAGACAGACAGACAGAUAUGCAUGGAUGAGCUCUGCUCCAAGACUCACAGGGCUGGAACCAGUCUCGCAGCACAGUAACGAGAAAGUCCCCAGGAACAGGGGGAGUUAGGGGAGGCUGCAGAGGUUCUUUCCUUUCUAAUCACCCACAUCUUUAACAAGAGGGAAACUGAGGCAGAGAGGGAGUGCGGAAGGAGCAGAGCAAUCCUGGUCCCUCCAUGCAGGAGCAGUCGAUGAACUUUAACAAUUGACAAAGCUCCAUACCCAGAUGUAAUGUCUGAGACCUGAGCUUCGGCAUUAUAUCAGGGUUGGGUUUGUGCUGUGGUGGCUGAUUUACCUGCGUUGUGCCCCCAAGGCCAGGGAUGGCAUUUGGGUCAUCCAGGCUUCAUCUCUGGUGAGGGUGGGGGCUGGUGAGAAAGGAUGUGAAAUAGGGCAGCAGAAGGUGUAAUGGCGAGGGAGCAGGUGCCUGGAAGAGGCAUAUUCCACCUCCAGUCCCUGUUCCAGUGGCCAGAUCAGUCCUCCCAUCCAGCCCCUGUCCUGUCACCACCCAGGACCACAGCUGUCCAGAGAGGACAGCAGGCACUGCAGCUGCUUCUCUCCCAUUUAGGGACAUUCUCCUCUGGUCCUGCUCCCCAUCCUUCCCUACCGGUGUCCCCAGCGGAGAUAUAUCCUGACAUCCCCCUGAGAGGUGGCUGUGCAGCACAGGGCCAUCAGCCGCAGCCAGGCAGCCUCCCUGCAGACCCUGCUGCCACAGCAUUUCUCUCCUAAAGCAGCUCAGCUUUCGCUUCUCUCCAGCCCAAAUUCCCCGUGACUCUGCACACUGCCAGGAGGGAACCCAAUACAUCUUUCAACCUUAUACUGUUUUUCUUUUACUGCCGAUGGCAGACAUAAUUCUCCCCAAUCCCUUCGACCUGGGGUUCCCACAGGACAGGGCAGCACAGAAAAUCCUAACUAAAACUGUUCAGACCCUGCCUGCACCACUUUCCCACCUGUUGCAGGUCUGACCUGUGUCUCUCACCGCCUCUUUGAACAUA